GACUAGUUAGAGAACUUCCUUCCAACGAUCCGUCUCGAAUUUUUGUCAAGAAAAGUACUCGUCGAACGAGGUUUAACCAUUUUUAUUUUGAACGCGAUCGACUUCAGGCGAGGAACGCCUCGAGAAUGUGGAAAUCUGUUUGGUUGCUGAUUGUCUUGGCGGUUCUCGUGGACUCCGGUUACGAGGUUCGACGAGGAAAAAGGCAAACGAUCGGCCAGGUCGCGCAACAGAUUUCGAAGGCACUGGCGAACUUUUCUCCUGUACCGUUUUGGCAAUCUUCGGAACCCGAUGGAUUUGUUUGCAACAAGUCAGGGUAUUACGCGGACCCGCACAAUUGCAACUACUUUCACCAGUGCGUAGUUUUCUUAUCCGACCACCCACUUCGAUUCACGUAUCGUUGCAACGACAAUCGCGUUUACUCGAUCGAGAAAAGAAACUGCGUGAUGCCCGAUGAAAGCGACCGAGUCAAAUGUGGUGGAAGAACCAACGGAUCGAAGAAACGAUCCCCGCCAACGUACCAAGGUGCACAGGACUUGGACCAAACGAUAUCUCCAAACGUCAACGAACGUCUCCAAAAAGAUUACGAGAAUCUUUCCAAUGGUAUACGUGAUCUCGAAAGAAUCGACAAACUUCCGCUGUUCGAGGAACCUACCGACGAAUCGACGACGACCACACCACAAACUGAGAACGAAGCUGCAAUUUCGACAACAAUGAUAUUUUUGAAAAACGAACAAUUUAGCGAAGAAACGAAGCACCUUGAACCAACGACCGAACAAGCUACCGACGGAAAGGCAGGAAUAACCGCGUCAUCGUUAUAUUGGGAAACCGAUACCACGUCUGUCGAGCAAAUCGAACAACGCGUAACGACCGUCUCCGAAUCUCUCCCGUCCAUUCAACAGGAACACUCUGACGAAUCCGAAGAAUCACGGUGCAUCGACGAGGGUUUCUUUAGCGUCCUCGACGACUGUUCAAAGUUUUACAGAUGCGUUCCGGUCGGACAUACGUUUCUCAAGUACAUCUUCUCCUGUUCUAACGGUACUAUCUGGGACGAUCAUUUAAAAACUUGUAAUUUUCGAGCUGCGAUCAGAGAAAUAACAUGUCAGGAUAAACGUACUUCGUCGACUACUUCGGAACGUUCGUCAGGCAGCUCGGAAGUUGCUUGUCUUGCUGGUAACUUAACUGCAGAUCAAACGGUCAUCGUUUGUCCGACUAGCUUUCGUCGGCUUCCAAAGUACUGUAACGUCUUUUAUCAGUGUACCACCAACGAAAACCUGUAUAUGAAUUUUGUUCCGCUGUUAUGCCCGGAGAAUACGUUUUUCAACGAGGAUCGUUUGGAAUGCACGAGCAACGAGGUAGGCGAACGAAACGAUUGCGUGAAUUUCGAACGGUUGGGUACAUUGCAUGCCAAUGAAAUGUUCGAGGCUCCGAGUACCAAAUUGUGCCCAGCAGAGGGUCAGUUCCCUUACGGUGGAAAUUGCUCCGUUUAUUUUUUCAAAUGUGAAUAUAACUCGAGUGGAGCACUUGAAGGAUACUUACAGGAAUGUCCACAUGGUCAGGUGUAUUCUUCAUCUCUGGAGAUAUGCGAUACCUCGUUGUAUGAACUCUGUACUCGUAACAACCUAUAAUAUGAAUUCGAGAAAAGCUUAUGAAUAACCGUUAGACAUAUAACACGUCGACACUUUGUAGUUUUAACGUUAACGCUUUAAAUAUACCAGAAACAAAGAGAAGUUAUCUAUAAAAGAUUGGUUGCAUCCAGAAGGGACAUCGCUCACUGAGCUGCUCUGUGAGCGGUACUAGUGGCGCCAUCGGUGGGAAAACGCCCAAGUUUGUAGUAAAGUUAGUUUCAAUUACUGACACUAGAUGGCGUUAUAGGUAUUCGUAAAAAUUUUUUUUUUUAUAUUCAAUAACAAAGUAGCGAACAAGCAUUGUAAUAUUAAAAUACAAAUGAGAAUCAUUUUUUAACCAUCAAUUCUAUAUUUUUUUAUUGAAACAAACAAAUGGUUCCAUCUAGCGUUGACAGUUAGGAACUAAUCGAGGACAAACUUGGGGGUUUUCCUGAUAGAGGCGCUGAAUAAACUCCGAAAAUUAGUUCGAUCUAUUGAACGCUAGAUGGCGACGACAAUGAUAGCUGGGAUCGCCAUCUUAGAGGAGUGAUUGGAACUAUUUUCACUACAAACUUGGGCGUUUUCCCACCGAUGGCGCCAUUUGGUAUUAAAAAUCAGAAAUCGAGACUAGAAUAUCGACUGCUAUCGAUAUUUGCGAUCAUGUAUUACAGUUACAGAAUUUCUGAUACGCUUACAUUUAUCGUUCCGAUGUAGUAACGUAAUCGUUUAUUAAAUACUUUACCUAUCCUUUAAUAAAAAUGCAAUCACUUUAUUGAAGUAAUUUUCGAGUUAAGUCAGAGUAUCGUUUUUGGAGUAAUUUAUAAUUCUAACCAACUGGAACUAACCUAUAAAGCCGUAUCUCGAGGUCAUUAUUCAAGAUUUCAUGAGAAGCUGAAGGACACUUGAAAUCCAAACUGCAUUACUCGUAAUUUAUUGGUGGUAACACUACCGAAACGCUUCAAAUCAAAGAGGAAACUAAUGAUGUAUACGGUGCAAUUGCCUGGCUUGUUAUUAAAGAGAUUUAAUACAAAUUAUGUUCAAAACAAUACUAGGUUAGCUUCUUUUGGGCAGUAUGGAAAUUAUGGAAAAUUUCGCGAAUGUCGCAAAAGAAUAAACCAUUGGUUGAAGGAACAAGGAGGGCAAGUAGCCGAAGCUUGUACUAAACAGUUUGAAUUUAUUAUCGCACAGCGUAUAAGACGAAGUUUACAAAUAUUUCACUUGUACACACGAAUAUGGGAUGAAGUAGCGCUCAAGGAAUUUAUGAAAUCUUGGAGGAAUCGCGCGUUAAAAAAUAGUAGGCAUUUUCUAAUGAGCAGUAUCGGUAUUACAAUGUUUAACUGGGAUCGCGAAAGAAUAACCGAGGAUGAAUUAAAUGGUUACAAGAAAGAGAUCGAAGGGAUUCACAGGUUGAGAGAUUCGACGGUUAUUUGCGCAAAGUGCCACCUAAGAAUCGUUAUAGAUACCAAACAACCCGAUGUAAAGUAUUGUACUUGUCGUGGCAACAAAUACAAUGCAACUUCCAAUCGAGAUUCUGAUGGAUGGACACCAUAUAUAGAGCGACAAGAUAUGCUAAUAUGGAGACGAGAAGAACCAAAUUGUGGAGGAUUAUUUGCAUAUAAAGUGUACGGUUCGUUUGCAGACGUUUCCGCGGAAGACUUUCUACAAACGCAAAUAGAUGUUGAUUAUAGGAAAGAAUGGGAUCCUACCGCUCGUGAAUUACAAAUCAUAGAUACCGAUCCGGCGUCCCAAACGUCCACUGAUAACCGUUCCGAUGUUAUAUACUGGGAAACAAUAUGGCCUAGCCUAUUUGCAAAUAGAGACUAUGUAUAUCAACGUAGAUGGGUGGUGGACAAAGAGAGACGAUUAAUAAUUAUCAUUAGCAAAGGAACAGAUCAUCCCGAUGCACCUUGUAAACCAGGACUAUACAGAGUCACAACAUACUGGUCGUACAUGGUGAUAAGGCCUUAUACAGAAUUCCACCAGCCAGGCAUUGAGUUUGGAUUGACCUACUUUGACGACCCCGGUGUAAAUAUUCCAUCCGCGGUUGCCUCAUGGGUCGCCAUGAAAGGGUUACCAGACUUUUUAAUACGUAUGAGAGAAGCAUCAAGGAAUUAUCAACAAUAUAAAUCUGUGAAAGAGGAUUUAGAUGCAUCCAAUACAAAUUACGCUCCUUUGAAAGACGAAAAUAUUUCCAAAGAUAACAUUUUAAAUAGUAAUAUGCAAAAUUCAGGAAGCGAAUUAUUUAAUGAUAAAAACAUCGAGGAAUGUGAUGAACAACCCGAAGAAUUAAAUUUCGAGGAAGAUGAAGAAGAAAAUAAAGAUAGUACAAAUUCAACCAAAGAAAGCAGGGGGUUAUUAGAUUAUUUUUUUCUUACAAAAUUAUUCGCGUGACCAGUGUAGUUUGCAUUGGUAGAAAUAAAAAAAGAUGAUAUUCGUCGAUAAAAUGAUAUUAACACACAACCCGGUGUGGACAGAACAAUGAUUCGUCAACUAGAACUGCGAUAUAAAAGUAUCGAACACGUUUAUGUACAUAGAUACAUUUGAUCACUUUACGUCAGUGAUGGGCAAAACCCUAGGCUUCGAAUAAAUUUGAAGUUUGCUGAUAUGUUUGUCUCGUUUCCUCUUUUGAAAAUUUUCCAAAGAAGGAAACGAGACAAACAUAUCGGCAAACUUCAGAUUUAUUCGAACCCUAGGAUUUUACCCAUCUCUGCUUUACGUCUAUACGAAUACGCAUGAAGUGAACAUAUAUCUGUACCAAAAUCGAACGAAGAAUAUUAAGAAAUAACCGAUGGCAUUUUGUUUUUCAACGCGAGAUACAAUUUAAAAUAACAAAUAUGAGACUGAUUAUCUUUAUAAUCAUUUACCUGUAUUACUUCAACUUAUCAAAUCAGUUGCCACAAGUUAUCAAAAAUUAUACUAUUAAUUUCGAAUUACAGGAAAUUUUUAAGUAAUUUGGAUUCACACAGUGGGGCAUUUUGCUACACGUUAAAAACUAGAAUUGUACAAAUCAACAUAUUUUAUCGCAUCCGUGUACAUCCAGUUGUAGUAUAAAUAUAAAUAGAUGUAUAAAACAUGAAAAACUGCUUUACUAUACGUAUACAAUUACAAAUGUAUUAUUCACAUUUAUACUUACAAGAAGUAUCCUUUUUAA